AUGUUUUUCUCUCGCGUCGCCCUGUUCGCGGGUUUGGCUAGCUAUGCCUAUGCCCAGACGUCAACAACGUGUGACCCAUUGAACACUACAUGUCCCGCGGAUCCCGCCCUCGGCACCGAGCACACCUGGAACUUCAACACGACCUUGGACGAGACGAUUUGGAACAUGACCACCGGAACCUACAAGUACGAUGAUACCGGAGCCCAAUUUUCCCUCACUGGAGAAGGCCAGUCCACCCUCCUGAGUUCCAACUUCUAUAUCUUCUUCGGUGUCGUGGAAUCUCACGUAAAGAUGGCCAAGGGAGGUGGUUUGGUGAGCAGUGUCGUCUUGGAAUCCGACGACCUCGAUGAGGUCGAUUGGGAGUGGGUCGGAUACAACACUAGCGAAGUACAGUCCAACUUCUUUGGCAAGGGCAAUGAUACCACCUUCGACCGUGGCGGCACCCACUACGUGCCAAACGCAGAUACCGAGUUUCACAACUACACCACCUACUGGGACCAGGAGAGACUUCAGUGGUGGAUUGAUGGUAAUAUGGUCCGCGAACUCUUGUAUGACGACAAGGGUACACUGGGCGGAAAGAACUACCCACAAACCCCCUGCCGUGUCAAGUUCAGUCUCUGGCCCGCUGGUCAGAAGAGUGCCGCUCAAGGUACCAUUGAGUGGGCAGGUGGUUUGGUCGACUGGGAUAAAGCCCCCUUCACGAUGACACUUGGAGCGCUCCGUGUCAAGGAUUUCCACUCUGGCAAGGAGUAUACCUACUCGGAUCACACGGGUUCCUUUGACAGCAUCAAAGUGGCGGACGGAAACUCGACCGUACUGACCGAACUGAACAAAGCUCCAGCCAAGUCUCUCUCAGAGAAGUGGGACGACCUUGGCCAGGGAGCCCACAUCGGUGUGUACUGUGGUGCGGCCGGAGCCGGCGUGCUCGGAAUCGCAGCCUUCCUGAUCUUCUGCCUGCGCCAGCGUCGCAAGGGCCGUCUCGAAAACGCACUGGACAACAACCAGUACGCCGAGAACCGCACCGAGAUGCAGAACUCCCAGAACGACUGGAAGCAGAGUGAAUGGAAGGGAAGCGAGUUCAGGAACGGUGGCUACCGACAAGUCAGCAACUAG